AAGAUGAAUCUCUAUGGUUUCCAUGAUGGACAGCGUGUGGGCCCAGUCUCUGUCACUGGCAAAACUCCCCCACAUGAGGAAGAAACCCUAGCUCCCACGGUGCCAGCUACUGAGGCCCCUGAGCCCACAGAGAAGCCUGAACUUGGGAAGCUGACAGUGACAGAGGCCACCCCAGAUUCCCUGAAGCUCUCCUGGACCAUCUCCCAGGGAGAAUUUGAUUCCUUCACAAUCCAGUACAAAGACACGGAUGGGAGACCCCAGAUGGUGCGUGUUGGGGGAGACCAGAAUGAGGUGACUAUCUCUGAGCUGGAGCCUGACCACAGAUACAAAAUGAAUCUCUAUGGUUACCAUGAUGGACAGCGUGUGGGCCCAGUCUCUGUCACUGGCAAAACUG